GAUUUGAAUUGAAUCCACUCUUUAGAAUACUCCCAAAUUGAGCUCGAAUCUCAUUUCCAUACCUUCUUUCAAAGUUUGUUGUAACUUUUUGAGAAAGCUCGUCGUAUUGCCAGUGGUGGGGACAGCUUCGAAUCGGCGCGAGCAGUUUCAUUUGUAAUUUUGGAGUACCCAGAAAAAAUUUGGCGUUAACAAGCUCAUAAAGAUCGACAACCGAAAGUUUGAAACGUCUUCUUCAUUCAAUUCGACUCUAUCCUUCAUUCAGAAGGAAAAAGAAAGCAUAUCUUAUUCUUUUCUUUCAUCUAUCCAUAAACUUCUUUGUGGGUCUUCGACUUUUUUUGCCGGUAAUACUUACUUAUACUAUGGAGGGUACAAUUCUUAGAAGGGUUAUUCCAUCUGACAACAGUUGUCUCUUCAAUGCUGUUGGGUAUGUCAUGGACCAUGAUAAACACAAGGCUACUGAGCUAAGACAGGUUAUAGCUGCAACAGUAGCUAGUGAUCCAACAAGGUAUUCUGAAGCAUUUCUUGGAAAGCCAAAUGAGGAGUAUUGUUCUUGGAUUCUUGAUCCAGAGAAGUGGGGAGGUGCAAUCGAGCUUUCAAUACUAUCUGAAUAUUAUGGGCGUGAAAUAGCAGCAUAUGAUAUCCAGACCACACGAUGUGAUUUGUACGGUCAGGAGAAGAAGUAUUCAGAAAGGGUUCUGCUGAUAUAUGAUGGACUCCACUAUGAUGCUUUAGUUAUGUCUCCGGAUGAGGGAGCUCCAGAAGAAUUUGAUCAGACCAUAUUUUCUGUGAAUAGGGACAGGACGAUUGGGCCGAUUGAAGAGCAAGCUCUUCAUUUUGUUAAAGAGCAACAAAGGAAAAGGAGAUUCACCGACACUGCCAACUUCACACUGCGCUGUGGGGUUUGCCAAAUUGGAGUCAUUGGCCAAGCGGAGGCUGUCGAACACGCAAAAGCCACUGGCCAUGUCAACUUUCAAGAGUAUAGGUGACAUGAAGAAUGUUGGGCAAAAUAGUUGAUCUGAUCGGUUUCCGCUUUAUCGACUCCUCCAGCUUGUUGAAUUGUUAUAUUACCAUUUCAAAAUCUUGAUCACCCGGGAAAGUGUAACAUUUACUGACUAGAGUGUUGUGUAAUUGAUUAAAUUGUCACAGAAUAAGAUGUUGUGAUCUCUCUUUACAUAUGGUGCAGAAUCAUUUUGCAUUCUAGCUGUUUUCCCCAA